CGUGUGUCGCAUGUGGUGUGGGAAAUCCAUGAUAUAGUUUUAUUACAUUACAACAAAGUUUUUCGUGUGUUUUGUACUAUUUUCAAGUAUAUAUAGGGAGGAAAGCAUCUGUGACAAUGGGAGACCAGCGUGGCGCUGGUAACUCUCGCUCGUACAAGAUCCGAGGGUAUACGAGAGAGAGACAUUCAGCGAAACCGUAUGCUCGUCCCUAUGAACGUAAGAAGGGAGUUCUAGAGACGGUGAAAGAUUUCUUCUCUCCAUCAUGGCUUGUAGAUUUAUUUAAAGGAAACCAGAGAUCAGAAACUAUCGAAAUAGAAGAUGAAGACGAUGAAGAAGAACACGACGAGGUUUCACAGGGAAUUGACCAAACUUUCAAUCCGGGUUUUAACGAGCGAGCGUCGUCUUCUCAACCCGGAGAAACUUUAACAGCCGGUAAGAUAGGCAAUGGGCAGUUAAAAUCCUCGUUCGGGCCGGGAUAUUUCUCAUCUAUUUUACGAGAGCCUGAGCUUUCUGUCGAAACACCUUCCACCUCGAGACCUGCCAGAACGUUUGGUUUAUUCACUGGGGAUGAUCGUGUAGGUGAACCUUCGAUUAGUUCGGGAAGAACGGAGGAAUGCGAUAACGAACUUGAAGUUCCAAGUUCAAGUAACGAAAAAGUUGUAAGGCCGUCAAAAACGGGCGAGGAAGAAGAUAUCACCAUUAUUCAUCCAGAAGCACAGGAGAUGAGCAAAUCAGACUCAAUUAAAACAUCCACGCCUGCCUUGUUUUCAACUCCUGGUCUCAAGAAAAGGCCAAACACAACAAUAUUUGGUGAACCUUUGCCAGAAGCUUCAACAUCCCGGGGAUCAAAUCCUUCCAGGCCACAGUUGUUUCCUUCAUUGCCUGAGUCCCGUCCACAGCCUUUCUCAUUAUCCAAAAACAGACCAACUUUCUCUCUGUCUGCCUUUGGUUCUCCUUUGCCACCCAAGCCAUCAGAAGCUGGUGGUUUUUCCUCUCCAUUUUAUCGUGGAAGAACAUCUUUUGGGGGAGCUUCCUCUCUGCAGUCUUCAGGUUAUAAAAGACAGAGGAUGAAUUCCCCAACUUUUGGAGAGGCUCCAAAACCAGUAAGGAAAGUGAUAACACCCAAGCCUGUUUCAACAUCUGGAAGAAGUGGUGUGACUAGUCAGACAGCAAAGAGAAUACUUGACGCUUUAGAAAAUAUGUCCUCACCCUUAAUUGAUGCCAGAAGAAUACCAACACCUCCCGAUUCCGCUUCAGCUUCACCCCUGUCUUUUUCACCUGCGAAAAGGAGAAGAGCUCCAAUUCCUUCUCGAGCUGUAGGUUCUCCACGUUCUCUGAAGGCCCAUUUUCCUGGUCCUCCAGUGCAAGAUCUCUCUGCACCUCAACAAGUAUCAAUUUCUCGCUUGAGGGCAAAAGAAACCUCAACCCCAGCAAGCACAGCAACUUCAUCAGAUUCACAAUUUUCCACAGCAUCAACCACUAUCCCAACAUUUUCCAAGCCAUCAGUGUCCUCCUUCACUCCAACACCUUUACCAAUUUCGCUAUCGCCAUCAUCCUCCAAGGGUGGGGGCAAAGUGAAGAGCUCAAGGAGUACAAGUCAUUACACGCAAAGAGAUAGAGGUGACGAGGAGAGGAGUGAAAACCAAGUUGUGAAUCCAAUACCAGAGGUUGAGAAUCCUGUCCCACUGAAGUUACCUAAUGGAAAAUCCCUCCCAUCCUUUUCUUUCAAGUCGAUUCCUCAAACUGCAACAAAACCUGCAGCUACGAGCACCCCAAUAGCCUCUAAUGCAUCAACUCUGGACUUUGCUAAAAAUAACUUCAAGUUCUCAUCCCCUGAAGCAAAAUUGCCAGUGUUUUCCAAAUCAUCAACAGCAGAAAAUCAGAGCAGUUCUAACAAAAUUACAUUUUCCUUUAGUGAGCCUGUUCCUGUUAGUAAAAGUAAUACAAACAAUGAAAGUAAACUUGUCAAAGACAAAACGGAAAUAAAUAGACUUUCAGAGGUUAAACAAACAGUGAAGCCUGUUGAACCCAAUAAUAAUCUUCUUUGUAAAUUCACACCCUUGUCUGGUUCCUGGACAUGCGAUACUUGUUUAGUGUCAAAUAAAGCAACAGAUAUGAAGUGCAUAGCUUGUCAAAGUUCUAAGCCAUCAAAUGGAGAGUCAGCUCCCAGGAAACCAGCCCCUUCCAGCAAUGACUUGAUGGCAAAGUUUGCCCCAAAACAAGGGUCUUGGUCCUGUGAAACACGUAUGGUUGACAAUGACGCAAGUAAAACAAAAUAUGUUGCUUGUGAGACACCGAAAACUGGUGCUAAACCACCUGUGUUAUCAUCAAAACCUACUAUCAUUAUUGACAAUGACUUGAUGGAGAAGUUUGCUUCACCACCUGAUUCUUGGGAAUGUGACACUUGCAUGGUUCAAAACAAAUCAACAGACAACACUUGUAGUGCCUGCCAAACACCAAAUCCUGGUGCUACCAAGAGUGCAACAGCAACAGCUACAACAGCACCUUUAAGUGGUAUUUCAUCAAGUAUUAAACCAGACAGUAGUUUAGCAGCAAAAUUUGCUCCUCAAGCUGGCUCUUGGACGUGUGACACUUGCAUGGUUGAUAAUAAAAGUGAAGAUUCAAGUUGUGUGGCUUGUCAAACACCGAGGCCUGGGGCUAAACCAGGAGCAAAUACAGGAAGUGGAUUCAAUGUAGGCGGAGGGCAGACCUUUUCUUCCUCACCCUUUAAAUUUGGAAUGGGAAAUUCAACAGCUGCAAGUUCUAGCUCAGUAUCAGCAUUUAAAUUAGGGCCCAGUAGCUCUGUAGAUUCUAAAACAAAUGGACAAUCUAGCCCUUCAGUUUCAAUUACUUUUGGAGAUAAUGCAGAUCAAAAUCGCAAAAAUGACACCAAGUCAGAAGGCACCACUCAACUACCUACAUUUGUGUUCGGUUCUUCGACAAUUCUGUCCAGUUUCUCAAGUGAAACAAAGACAGGUGCUCCAACUUUCACUUUUGGCGCUCCAGUUAAUAAUCAAUCGGGCAAAGAUGACAGCAGUAAGCCAUCAUUUAGUUUUGGAGGGAACAGUUCUGUUGACAAGGACAAAGCCACCUCCAGAGGAGAGUAUACAUUUGGUACUAAAAAAGUUACCCUUGAUGCCUCUAACAAAGGUAAAUCAAGUUCUAUAACAGAAGCAGCAGCCAGUGGAAUUCUUAAGGUGCCAGAGGUGAAAGACCCUGAUGUUUCAGUACAGUCUACUAAACAGGCAGGAGCUGGAUUGUCUAUUGCUGAUGCUGCCAAGUCAGGCUUUCUCAAAGUACCUGCAGUUGGUGAGAAUAAAGUUGAUAUUAGUGCUCCUCCAAACGUUAAUCUGUUUGCAUCAGGGCCUGCUACCAACACACCAAAUGCUUCAUCGAGGUCGUCUUCUGCAGCAAAUUCCAGCAGCUCGGGAUUUUCCUUUACUGCACAACCUGGAGCACCAUCGCCAUUUAGUUUUGGGGCUGUACCACCGUCAUCGUCAGCUGCCACCCCUGCUGCAGACUCCAGCUCUACAGCUUCCACCAGUAGCAAGCCCUUGGCAAAUCCCUUAGCCCCAGGGGGAUCCAGCUUACCAACAUUUCAGUUUGGAGCAGCUUCUAGUUCUGCACCUGCCACGAAAUCUGAAGCAGCUAAGACCACAGCUCUAACCCAGUCACCCUUUAGCUUUCCUGUAAAUACUGCAGAACCAGUUAAAACAACGGCCUCUGCGCCGUUCGCAUUCGUGCCAAAUGCUGCACCUCCAGCAAAUACUCUGGCAGGGUCUUUCAGUUUUGGCCCCAAUCUUACGAACACGACAGGGACCCCUGUAGCAGGAGGUUUCCAGUUUGCAACGCCAAGUACUCAACCUUCAAGUGCUCUGAAGCCUGCUGCUCCAUCAGUAACAACAGGAUUAUUCCAGUUUGGUGCUUCAAAUACAACAGCAAUGACAAGUUCAGCGACACAACCUGCAGCACCCUCAUUUGGAUUAACGUCCACAUCAGUCAGUUCCAGUUCAGCCCCAGUGAAGCCAUUUUCUUUUAGCAGUGGAUCGACAGCGUCAAAUUUUCCGUUCACUCCAACAAAACCCUCUGUACCUAUCGGAGGUAUUCAGCCCUCGUUCACUUUUGGGGGAUCAACCCCAAAGCCGGAGGUAGCCUUCCCUGGAUUUGGGACCUCACAACCAACAUCAAACCAACAAACAGCACCAUUCAUGUUUGGUGCUGCGUCAUCCAAUGCUACACCUGCGUCAGAAGAAACCAUGGAGGCCGAUGGAAGCAGCAGCUCUAGCAAUCUGUUUGGCUCAGCAGCCAGUACAGGAGGAACAACAUUCGGUACAGCGGGCUCCAAUCAAGGAUUUGCCUUUGGAGCGCCAAGUGGUCCUUCCACAGGAGGGUUUAAUUUUGGGGCCGCUCAGGUUGCCCCGGGACCAAACACCUUCGCGUUUGGAGCCAGUGGAGGAGGUGGUGGUCCCACAUUUGGAGCCAGUGCUGGCCCAUCGCUUGCUGCUCCCAUUCAAGGUGGAUUCAACUUUGGCGCAGCAACGGCCAACAAUAAUGUAGGAGGCACUGGAGCAUUCAAUUUUGGAGCUCCAUCAGGAGGCCCGUUGUUUACCGCCGGAAUUGCAGGAGAUCCCAAUAAUAUAGCUCAAAGAAAAUUCAAGAAAGCUGUCAGACGAAGCAAGCGCUGACCCCCGUCCCAGCACUGGGUUUACGAGACAAGACUGUUGUACACUUACCGAGUACAAACGUUACGGGGCUAUCGUCUCUCUCUACCCGAUGGUACAAGUUACGGGUACACAAACGUGACGCGAACUCACCCGAAUUGUCGCGACGACGAUAAAAACUGUGGACUGUUCAAACGAACACUCUGGAACGGCGACGUAUUGUCGCAAGACGUUUGACGAAAACGCUAAACGGCGGCGUUUAUUGGACGCCAUCUUAGACGGACCAAACCAAGCGUGCCGGCUAGGAUAAAAGUAGAUUGGAAAGAAGAAAGAACGAGCUCAGCUCAGGGAAUGAAUUUUAGAAUUACUAUGCUACCGCGACCACUUUAUGAACAAAGUUUACGAUAUGACUCCACAGCACAGACCAAGGACAUUUGUUAAAAAUCUUCGUUUGUUUCAUUUUUCGUUUUUUUCUUGAUAUAUUUAUAUAUAUAAAU